AUGUCGCUCUUCAGAAUUGGAGGGGCUGCUGGCCUCCGAAGCACUCGCCUUCUGGUCCCUGUCAAUGCCCGUUUCAUUUCCAAUUCCGCCCAGGGUACUCCUGCCGUCAAGACCAACGCCUCAGAGGCUCCCACCUCGACUCACAGCGGCAGCUCCUUGAUCAACAAGGAGAAUGCUUCCCAGGCUAUGGCUCGUCACCAGCCUGACUACGAGGCCACAAUUGACCACGCAACCUCACUAUUCUCCCCGGUUCCCAAGCGUGUCAUGGAUGGCAGCGAACCUGGCGAUGCUCUGCCCGCUGCAGUUCUCUCUGGCGCUCCCACUGAUCUCCAAGCCCGCACUGUCCGAAUCUACCGUUCCGCAAAGCCUGCUACUCAGUCCGGUAAAUGGCACUCACACCACUGGCGCAUGGACUGGGAUAUCUUGCAGAAGGGUCACCGUUGGGAGAACCCUCUGAUGGGAUGGCAGUCUUCCGCGGAUAGCAUGCAGGGCACCAACAUCAAGUUCAACUCCAAGGAGGAUGCGAUUGCCUUUGCCCAGAAGCAAGGCUACGAGUACUUUGUCCAGGAGCCCAAUGAGCGCCGUUUCACUCCCAAGGCUUAUGCGAACAACUUUGUCUACGAGCCCAAGAAGCUCAAGCACAUCAAGACCAAAUAA